AUGAAUAACAGAUUUUUAGAUCCAACGUCUACCGGUGGACACACGAGGUAUUCUCGCUGUCUUCUCCAAAAGCAACCAGAUGAUACCACAGAGGCGUUAGCCGCCAUAGCCGACGAAGUCAUAGAUGUGACACGGGUAAGCGCAGCGGAACGUACAGCUACCUGCAGCGUUACCGAUAAGAGCAUUGAUAAGUUGUACAGCAUACAAGCCACUACUACAAGCGGAGCCUCUAACCUAGAAGAUAGAGUCGCAAAUAUAGAACGCUCACUUAAGCGCAUAGAAGCAACACUCGAGCGUAAUGGACGCAGUCGUAGUCGCUCUCGCGCGGUCUCAUCAAGAGGAAAACGCAUACAAAGUGGCGACAAUAAAAUCUGUUGGUACCACGCGCACUUUGCAGAAAAUGCAACAAAAUGCGACGAGCCAUAUAACUUCACUCCAAAAAAUACUAGGUUCGGCGGCGAGCGCUCGUUCGGUCGCCGCAACCGCACCACACAGUGGCGAGAACGCGACAUCCACUAA